AUGACUAUUCCCUUGAGGGUAGGCACAAUUACCGGACCUAUUUAUACUUCGAUUGGUCCUAACAGCUUAGUAUUUGAUAUAAUUACUGACCUAUGCCGACAACUGGACAUUCCUGACGAUUACGCCCCCGCGUUUGUCCUCUUGAAAAGGACAGCCAAAGCUUCUGUCGAAUGCAUGGAAGCGCUCUCUCAGCCUUACUACUCUGUUCUACACGGCAAUCCCUCGAUUUUUCUGCGAAUUGCUAUUUUCCCCACGCCAGAAGUGGUUAAACAUCUAAAUAAAAAGUUCAGACUGAUUCUUCUGGAACAAGUGCAGAGAGCCAUUAUCACACACAUCUGGAGGGUGAACAACGAAUAUUCAUUACUUUUCUCUGCAUUUUAUUACAUUAUUACAACAGGGACAAUUCCCAACAUAAAGGAAAAACAUUUUUACUCUAAAUAUGUUCAAGCCUCUGCAGGAAGAUUCAUAAACAGUGAUAUCCUCGUAAGAUACAAUGAUAAGAGCUUGGAGAAAAUGUUCAAGCACAUGUUUUCGUCUAUUAUUGAACAGGGUCUAGCCCCAACGCCGGAUGAAGCCAUCCAACACUACUUUAAUAUUGUCGGGACAUCGCUCAAGCAGUAUGGAUAUGCAUGCUUUCAUGGUAGUGUGCGCAAAUUUGAUCGAAUGGCACCGGAGUCUGACACCAUUCUACUUCUCAACCACAGAGGUAUUCUUUUCUUAAAUGCAGAUCUAUCUGAAAACACUGGAUACACAUUUGAUGCGCUAAUAAAGGUGGUUCCUGGCGAUAGUCAGAUUAAUCUUACUGUUUUGGUGCAUAAUGAGCCGAAAGAAAUGAUCCUUGAAGUGGAUAGGGUCUCGGAGAUAGUAUCUUUCAUCACCUAUUUCUCAGCCGCCCAGGUUCCGAGUCCAUAUAUUGUGGAUUUACCGAUCUAG